CAAUCCCUCCGCUUAGUUUUCUGCUCUCCGGCCUCCCUCACACUGACCAGUAUACUGGGCCUUUAAGAGUUGAAUAGGCUGCACUGAGGUGAGCGCCCGCACCUCUCCCCCUCACUCCUUCCCUCCCUCCAGCAGCCCAGCGGGUAACUGUGCCAGUCACAGCAGCAAACUGCUGAAGAGAGGAGGGAGCGCAAAUCCAAGAGGAGCAAAGGAGCGAAGACACCAGCUGGGUCUCCUUGCCCACUGUGGACUGCAUCCGCCCGGCUCCCGCAGGACAGCUAGCCUGCCCACGGUAACUCUGGCGCCAGCUGUUGGAGCAGUGGGUGAUGGCAUCCCUACUGCAAGGGCGGUUACCUGUCAGUGAAGAUCUGCUACUAAUGCAGAAAGGCACGAUGAUGCGCAAGGUGAGGUCCAAAAACUGGAAGAAGCUAAGAUUCUUCAGACUUCAGGAAGAUUGCAUGACUGUGUGGCAUGCCCGACAAGUUGGAGCAAGUGCCAAGCCCAGCUUCUCAAUCUCUGAUGUGGAGACAGUGCGUGAGGGCGAUGAGUCUGAGUUGCUGCGCAGCCUGGCAGAGGAACUCCCCCUGAUGCAGGGUUUCACCAUCGUCUUCCGGGGUCGCCGUUCCAACCUGGACCUGGUGGCUAACAGUGUUGAGGAAGCUCAGAUCUGGAUGGAGGGGCUCCAGCUGCUGGUGAACUUUGUCACCAACAUGGACCAACAGGAACGACUGGACCAAUGGUUGAGGGACUGGUUCCAGCGUGGAGACAAAAACCAGGAUGGCCGGAUAACUUUCCAAGAAGUCCAGCGGUUACUGCAUCUGAUGAAUGUGGAAAUGGACCAAGAUUAUGCCUUCCAGCUUUUCCAGACAGCAGAUGCAUCCCAGUCUGGGACUUUAGAGGGAGAAGAAUUUGUAACAUUCUAUAAGGCCUUGACUAAGCGAGCUGAGGUGCAGGAACUAUUUGAAAAUUUUUCUGCUGAUGGGGAGAAGCUGACUUUGCUCGAAUUUGUGGAUUUCCUCCGAGAGGAGCAGAAAGAAGGAGAUUGCGCAUCUGACCUUGCUCUGGAAUUGAUCAACCGCUAUGAACCUUCAGAAAGUGGCAAACUGCGUUGUGUGCUGAGCAUGGAUGGCUUUCUCAACUACCUCUGCUCAGAGGAUGGUGACAUCUUCAACCAGACCUGCCUUCCCAUCUACCAGGAUAUGACUCAACCCCUGAACCACUACUACAUCAACUCCUCUCACAACACCUAUCUACUGGGGGACCAGUUUUGUGGCCAGAGCAGCGUCGAGGGAUAUAUACGGGCCCUGAAGCGAGGGUGCCGCUGCGUGGAGGUGGAUAUAUGGGAUGGACCUACUGGGGAACCUAUCGUUUACCACGGGCACACCCUGACCUCCCGCAUCCUGUUCAAAGAUGUGGUGGCCUCUGUAGCACAGUAUGCCUUCCAGACUUCAGACUAUCCAGUCAUCUUGUCCCUGGAGAACCACUGCAGCAGUGAGCAACAGGAGGUCUUGGCAAGACAUCUAACCCAGAUCCUGGGGGAACAGCUGAUAGACACCACCUUGGAUGGGCAGCUGCCCACUCAGUUGCCCUCUCCUGAGGAGCUCCGGAACAAGAUUCUGGUGAAGGGGAAGAAGUUAAGGACACUUGAGGAGGAUCUUGAGGAAGAGGAAGAAGAGGAAGAGCUAGAAUCUCAAUUGGAGAGGGAGCUGGAGGCCCAGAUACAGCCUGAAACUCAGGAGUUGAAUCCUCGCAGAAAGGACAAAAAGGAGAAGAAAUCCAAGCCCAUCUUGUGCCCAUCUCUCUCUGCCUUGGUUGUAUACCUGAAGUCUGUGUCGUUCCACAGUUUCACCCACUCGAGGGAGCACUACCGUUUCUAUGAGAUAUCGUCCUUCUCUGAAACCAAGGCCAAGGGCCUCAUCAAGGAGGCUGGCAAUGAGUUUGUGCAGCACAACGCCUGGCAGUUAAGCCGUGUGUAUCCCAGUGGCCUGAGGACAGAUUCAUCCAAUUACAACCCCCAGGAAUUCUGGAAUGUUGGCUGCCAGAUGGUGGCUAUGAACGUGCAGACCGCAGGGCUUGAGAUGGACAUCUACGAUGGGUUCUUCCGUCAGAAUGGCGGCUGUGGUUACGUCCUGAAGCCAGACUUCCUACGAGAUGCCCAGAGUUCCUUUCAUCCUGAGAAGCCCAUCAGCCCUUUCAAAGCUCAGACCCUCAUAAUCCAGGUGAUCAGUGGGCAGCAGUUCCCCAAAGGGGCCAAGACCAAAGAAGGGUCCAUUACAGACCCACUUGUGAGGGUGGAGAUCUUCGGAGUUCGUCCAGACACAAGCCGGCACGACACCAGCCAUGUGGAGAACAAUGGUUUUAAUCCACACUGGGGGCAGACACUGUGCUUCAGGGUCCUGGUGCCUGAACUGGCCCUGCUGCGCUUUGUGGUCAAGGACUACAACUGGACGUCCCGCGAUGACUUUGUCGGUCAGUACACCCUACCUUGGACCUGCAUGAGACAAGGUUACCGCCACGUACACCUGCUCUCCAAGGAUGGCGUCAGCCUCCACCCAGCUUCCCUCUUCGUGUACAUCUGCAUCCGGGAAGAGGUCGAGGAGGCUGAAUCCUGACGUGGACAUUGCAUGGGAAGGCUUUAGCUUUCUAUAUUAAGAAAAAUCUGAUGUUUCAGAUAGCAGGGGGAGGUGCAAAAAGCAAGCUUUCACAACAAACAACUGUAGAACCUGAUUUCCCCCCUUCUUUCUUCUUGUUUUCACAAGAUGUUGUGGAUGUUUCUUACCUUUCCCCUUUGUGUACUCUACUCUGGAGUUCCUUGUGCUGUAAGGCUCAAGCCAAGACUUGAUCUAGAACUAAUCAACUCUGGUUCAAAGACAGACUGUAACUAGAAAUCCAGAGGGGCUUGGGACAGAACCCAAAGAACAUUAUCUCCUUCACCCCUCACUUCCUCAAAGUCUAGAGGAUAGGAUAAUCCAACGGAAGGAGUAAAGCCUCAGGCCUCCAGAGACAAAGACGGGGAAGGAGACAUGAUGCCAACUCUGUCCUGUGACUUGGAAGCUGUAACAGUGCACAGCCCUCGGGCUCCCUGCUGGGCUGCUCCUCUCUAGCCCCGCUGAUUUAAAUAGGACUUGUUUUCCCAACUCAGCUUGAGCGUAGUCUAUCAUUAUUGGACAAGGAGAGGUCUGAGAAUUGAGGGACAUUUGGGUAGGUAAGAUGGACAGGAAAAAGAUGGAAAACAAGCUUCCUCCCCACGUACUGCAAAGGAAGGGUACAGAAUUAUAGCUUUGAGGCUCUCCCUGGUGGUGCAACUUGUUAGGACGCAGCACUGCAAGUGAGCCACAGUUGCUUCAGUGUUGAG